GAACCCCUCUCUCCCCCAGUUGUAUUUUGGCGUUGACUUUGUUACGUCAGCUGUUUCUCUGCUGUCCUGCAGUGUCCGUGUUUUUGUAGCUGAAAGUGUGAAAAACUGACUCCGUUGCAAUGGAUAGUCGGAUUUAGGAGAAUACCUCAGUUUGGAAAGCACAAGAAAUCUUACAAUCCCACUCAAGUUAACCAAGGAUACGGAAUUAAACGUCUCUGCUUGGUAACUGCAUUUCUAUUUUCGGGUGGGAUGGAAGGACACUUCUGCGUAAGGGACUCAUUUAUGCAGUGGUUAGAUCUCUGGCUAGCAGAGCUAGCUAAUGUGCAAAUGCUAACUAUAAAAACAAUCAGCUAGCUACAAGAAACGAUUUGCAUGAACGUCAGUGGAUAGGUUGACUCGUUUAGCAUAUACAAAUGCAUUCCGUCAGCUUAUUGUAAUUUGUGUAUUUUACUAAAUCGAAUCACUUAAAAUGGAUUAAUGGAUAGUUUACAAUCUAGCUAGCCAAUUUAGCUAGCUGAUUAGCUAGCUAUGGAUUGUUGUUGUGUUAGCUGACACGCUAGGUUUAGCUGUCCAGUUAAAUCAACAUAACACUUGUCUUUGAAAAUGUGGUGACACGUAUUUAAUGGUAGUCAGUACUGUACCCCUAGUAUGGGAAAUAUAUCCCAGCAAGCUACUAGCUAGUUGAUGGGUUGAGAUGUAACUUGACUUCCCAAUUAAGAUGUAGCACGAGACAGCUGAAAGUUCAUUCUAGUUUGUUAGCUAGCUCAGCUCAUUCCUCACAGGAAAGAUUGCAAUUUGACAUUUAUUGCAUGAGGGGGUGCCCAACAAGUCAGGCAAUCAUGUCUAGUAAAGCCACGACUAAAGAGAAGAAAUCUGGUAGCUUCAGCAAGAAACUCUUCAGACGAGGCUCUGUGCGCUCCGUGGGUAGUUUUAUGGGCAGAGUCCUCAGGACCCUGUCAACCCUGUCCCAUUUUGGAUCAGAUGGGCAUGCUAUUGAAGGUGACAAAGACGACGGGGGUUUCACAUUAUUCAAAACUGGAGGUAAAGAUUCACCAGCUUUGGAUGAUAGUGACCGUUUCCUCGGAGAGAAGGUCCCUGGAGUGUCUGGUCUCAAAAACCAUGGUAACACUUGUUUCAUGAAUGCCAUCCUCCAGUGCCUGAGUAACACUGAACUCUUUGCUGAGUAUUUGGCACUGGAACAAUACCGGGGAGACGAGGAAACGGAUGAGGAGAAGGAGAAACCAAAGACAAACGGUGUGCAUUUGGGGAGGAAGGGCCCUCAUGACAGAGGCGAGGUGACAGAGCAGCUGUCUGGACUGGUCCGGGCCCUGUGGACAUUUGAAUACACCCCACAGCACAGCAGGGAGUUCAAAAAUGCUGUCUCAAAGAGUGCUUUGCAGUAUAAAGGCAAUGCUCAGCAUGAUGCCCAGGAGUUUCUGCUCUGGCUUCUGGACAGGGUACAUGAAGACCUCAACAACCAUCCCAACAACAGGCCUUCCAUUAAGCCACCAGUGGAAGAGGAUGAUGGGGGUCUAGAGGGGCCUUCUCUUCCACUCUCUACCGGUUCAUUUGUGCAAGAGCUAUUUCAGGCCCAGUACAGGUCGUCGCUCACCUGCCCGCAUUGCCAAAAACAGAGCAACACCUUUGAUCCUUUCCUCUGCAUCUCCCUUCCCAUCCUCUUACCUCACACAAGGCCUCUGUAUGUGACAGUGGUCUACCAGGGGAAGUACUCUCACUGUAUGAGGAUCGGCGUGGCCGUGCCCCUGAACAGCACCGUGUCCAGACUCCGAGAUGCUGUGUCACGUGAGACCAAGAUCCCCCUGGACCAGUUUGUUUUGACGGAGAUGUACUACGACGGUUUCCAUCGCUCCUUCUGUGAUGACGACGACGAUCUCGAUAUCAUUCAGGAGAGCGAUUCCAUCUUUGCCUUUGAGACGCCUGAGAUGUUCAGACUAGAGAACAUUCGAACCAAGAGAGGGAGUCUCCUUGCCAACCUGAACCAGAACAACUUAAAGUUUGGGAAUGAGAUGAGCAGGACUCCAUCUUUCAUGCAAGGAGCCGUGAUUCCUGCCACUGCGUCGGCCAAUAAGAACACAGGGGCCGACAAGAUGGUCCUGCUGAUCUGUAACCGAGCCUGCACCGGUCACCAAGGGAGGAGGUUUGGUCUUCCAUUUGUUCUGUACAUGGAUCGCACUGUGACCUGGGAUAUCCUGCAGAAGGAGAUCCUGGAGAAGAUGCAUCACCUGCUCAGGCCAGGAGUUUACAUUCAGGUGGGGCCCUUCAGCCUACGAGUGGUUGGUGUGGUUGGCAUCACAUACCUCCUGCCCCAAGAGGAGCAGCCUCUCUGUCACCCAACAGUGGAAAGAGCGUACAAGUCCUGUGGCCAGGGGGGGCCGCCGCACGUCAAGAUAGUGGUGGAGUGGGACAAAGAGACCAAGGAUUAUCUGUUUGGGCUCACUGAGGAAGAGUACAUCCCUGAUGCUGAGAGUGUGUAUCUACACAGAGAGCAACACCAUCAGCCCCAGGCCUGCACCCUCGCUCAGUGCCUCCAGCUCUACACCAAAGAGGAGCAGCUGGCCCCGGAUGAUGCCUGGCGCUGCCCACAUUGCAAGCAGCUGCAGCAAGGCCGCAUCAAGCUCAGCCUGUGGACCCUGCCUGAUGUGCUCAUACUGCACCUCAAGAGGUUCAGACAGGAAGCUGACAGGAGGGUGAAGAUGCAGAACAUGGUGCGGUUCCCUCUGCUUGGCAUGGACAUGGCUCCUCACAUGGUGAAGAGGUCCCAGAGCAGCUGGAGCCUGCCCUCUCACUGGUCACCAUGGAGACGACCCUACGGCCUGGGGCGUAACCCUGACGACUACCUGUACGACCUGUACGCCGUCUGCAAUCAUCACGGAAACAUGCAUGGAGGCCACUACACAGCUUACUGUAAGAACUCUGUUGACGGCCAGUGGUACUGCUUUGACGACAGUGAGGUCCAGCCCGUUGCUGAUGAUGAUGUGUGUCAGCAGACGGCCUACAUCUUGUUCUACCAGAGGAGGAACACGAUCCCCUCCUGGUCCGCCAACAGCUCCGUAGCAGGCUCCACCAGCUCAUCUCUUUGUGACCACUGGGUGAACCGUCUCCAAGGCAGCAGGCCGGCCAGCCUGGCUUCCGGGGCCUCCUCCAGACGCACCUCUCUGGCCUCCCUGGGCGAGUCGGUGGAGUUCACCACAGGGGACCGCAUUGAAGAUGACGGUGGAUUUUCGACCCGUCCCUUUGUUCGGAGCAUCCAACGUCAGAGCUUGUCUUCCAGGUCAUCCAUCGCCAGUCCUCUGGCCUUCAGUGAGAACAGCAUGAAGCCCUCCUGGUCCCUCUCUGCCAAGCUCCAUAUGAGGUCCAACUCCCCCUCACGCUUCUCCCUGGACUCACGCUCCUCUCCCCCCUUGGAGAGGAUAGGAGAAAGGGGAGAGGCCUGUGAUGACAAGGUAUCCACGUCUUGCUUCGGUAGCUACAGCCGGCAUGAGCGCUACCCUGGUGGCAGGGCCCCCUUGGCCAUGAUGGAGGGGAACAGCACCGACCAGGACCAUGGCAGGAGGAUCCUAGACGAAGUCUACUGCAGGGCCCCCACGCCGGCUGAUAAGAGCUCCAAGAGUGACCCGACGGACAACAACAACCAGAUAACAGCCCUGAACCAAAACGCACAAGCCCCCCUGUCGAAAGAGCAGAAACGCAAGAGCAGCACCGCCGGAUCUGCCCCAAAGUUAGAGAGCGCCAGGUCCAAAAAGAGUUCCAUCAAGUCUGAGCCAGAGAAAAACUCCAAGAAGCGCCAGUGUUCGUCCUCCACCCCCAAAUCCUCUACAUCCCAAAUGUCUUCCAGCCCUGUGGUAAAGGGCCCCAAGGCGACCACCUCUAAAGACAAGACCACCAGCAGCGGCAGUGCUACGCCCGCCAGGACCCCGUCCAAAAAGAAAGAGUCUUUGUCUUCCAAGGGUCCUGACUCGGCAGAUGGAACCCCCCAGCGCAAGCAACGCAUCUCCACACCGCUGUCCUCCGCUUCCCCCUCCCCCACCAUAAAGAAGAGUGCCUCUGGCCUUGAGAAGACCACCUCUGGUCGGAAGAAGCUGCUGGAGAGGAGCUGCAGUCGGGACUCGGGGUUAGUAAGCCCUCUGGUUGAUAGACCACGCUGGGGCAGCAACGCUGCAGCCAGGACCCCCACCAAGACUACUGCGGAGGGGGUCCGUCCAGAGAGGAGGUUUUUGCGGAGUUCCAUCAGCAGCUCCUCUGUCACCAGCCUGCGCUCCACCAGUGUCUCCUGCAGGGACCCUAGGCACAGCAGCAAGUCAGAGGACAAGGGCCUGUCGUUCUUCAAGAACGCCCUGCGCCAGAGAGAGUCCCGUCGGUCGGCCGAUCUGGGUAAGACCAGCAUCCUGGCCAAAAAGGCAUCUGAGAGGACAGCCAGGCGGAGCGUUCAGGAGGGGGAUGGGUCGGCCAGUGCCUCAGAGCAUCAUGUGAACAAGGUUGUCAUUGAGGUAAAGGAGUCCUCCAAGCCCUCCACCCCAGUCAGACGCUCUCUGUUGCCUGUUAUAGGUAAAUCCAAGUCUUCCACUUCUGAAUCCAGUCUUAAUUCUCCCCCCAAUGGGAAAAAGCCUCUUGAGAAGCAGGCGUCCUCCAGAAAUCUUUCUGCCAGCAUGCAGUCUUCUGCACGCCCAACACAGAAGCCUCAAUGACAUCAUAUAUCGAUAGCAGUCUCGUUGUUUUAUGUAUGCAGCAUUUUUUUCCCCGUGUGCCUAAGAUAUAAAUAUAUAUAGAUUGAGAGAGUAUAUUAUUUAUAUAUAUA